UCUCAGAAAAUGUUUGUCACAUUUGGUUUUCUGUUGAUGAUCUCAAUGGACUGCAGCGCAACCAAUCACAGCUUUGAGAUGAAGUCUGUUGCUGCUCAACAAAGUGUAACUUUUACAUGUCCUCUUCAGAUUGAGGGAACAGAAACUCUGUUUUGGGUCAGAAUCAUCUCUGGUCACCAGCCUGAAUUCUUGGGAAAAGCAAAUCGAUAUACUUCAAGUGAAGUUCAUCAGACUCCUCAUUUUACAAUCAAACAAGAACCUGGAACUUUUAUUCUGCACAUUAAUCAACCUCAGAUCAAGGACACUGGACUUUACUACUGCAUACUGACCAGUAGCUGGACUGACAUGAUAUUUUUGAAAGGAAUAUUUCUCAAAGUUAAAGGACCCCAAUCUUCCAUCUCUAGCAUCAUUCAAGCUCCUCCGUCUGAUCCGGUCCAUCCAGGAGAGUCGGUGUCUCUGCAGUGUUCGGUCCUCUCUGACUCUGAGAAGAAAACAUGUUCAGAAGAUUACAGAGUUCACUGGUUCAGAGCAGGAUCACAUCAAUCUCACCCCAGUUUCGUUUAUACUCAUGGAGACAAUGCAGAGUGUGGAAACUCUUCCCAGAAAUGUUUCUAUAACUUAUCUAUGAACGUCAGUGUCUCUGAUGCUGGUACUUAUUACUGUGCUGUGGCUGCAUGUGGAGAGGUCAUGUUUGGAAAUGGAGCAAAACUGGACAUUAGAGAGCCUAACAUGCAAACUCUGAUCAAUGCAAUUAUAGCUCUUUGUAUCGUCUGUGCUGCUUUGGCUGCAAGCUUGACUGUUUCAGUCUAUCUCAUUUGGACCAAUAAGAAGAAGGAUUCUCACAGUGAUGCAGAACCAGCCAGCAGUGAUCAGCAGGGUGAUGAAGCGUCAUUGACUUAUUCAGCACCAACCUUCAGCAGGAGAAAAGAUAAAGAAAGAGGAAACACACGCUUGGCUCAGAAAGAGACGCUCUACAGUGACGUGCGUUUUCACCACUGAACAAUUUACGCUCUCUUCAUGCUGAUCUGCUAAAUCAUGUUGAUGGGACAUUUAUAUUGGAAAAAUGUCUACCAAGUUACAACUAAGAUUCAUACUUGAGUUCAAUUUACAUAAUUUUAAAUAUUUCAUUUGUGAAUUUCUGAUUCAGUAUAAAGUUUAAUUCCAGUCAUCAGUACUUAUAAGUAACUGCAUACGACUUGUAUUUAUUUCUGAAAUUAUAAUAUACCAAUGACAUUAAACUUUAGGGUGGCUGUGGU